AUGACCUCAACUUCCCCCAAGAGAAAGCGAGGCUACCUUCACCCCUUGGAUACGGAGACGCCCGGACCUCGGCUUUUGAGUGAAAGCGAUUUGGAAGAAUAUGACGAAGGUAGUCCUCGAAGCAAAGUCGCGCGGAAGUUGGAUGACCUCGAAAUCCACGGUCGUCAGGAUCAGGAAAAUCACGACACCAGUGAGAGGCAGCACAGACUCCUCACGAUUCCUGUAAUAUCAUCGACUGGAGCACCUGACCACGAUGGGGACAUUGCGACACUAGAGAACGAGCAAAUACCAGAAAGUCUGACAGAAGCUGAUCCCACCCCUACUACCGACCCGACAAAGACACCAGGAAAUCUAUCCCGCUCCAAAUCUUCGCCCAUGGCAAGUGAGUUGUCUCAUGGAUUUUGGCAAGAUUCUGAGAUCACUGGUCAUGAUCCCGACGACCCGAGUGACGACGGAUAUGGGAUAAACGGCAUCGGUUUCAAACCAACAGCAGCAGUGGCAUGGUCAAGAUCGCAGCGGCGGAAACAGCAACUGUCCGACUACAAGAAUCGCGAGGCGCGAGAAGCGAGACAACAGAGAAGUGAGAGGAGAAAACGAGGUCUCGACGAAGACGAAAACCCAUUAACCAUCGAGUCCUCGCCUCGUAAGACCGCCCGUGUUCAUUUCCACGACGGCUGA